AAAAAUUAUUUACUUACAACUUCUAUAUUCUUUUUUGCUCUUUUAAUCAAAAUCAAACUUUUUAUGUUGUACCUUUUUUUCCUUUUUACCCUAUUUGGACUAAACAUGUAUUAGGAGAAGUUUUGGGAGCAAAAAUAGAAUUUUGGAUUUUUCCAAUACUCUCUUCCGCCGUUCUUCUGCUUGCCGCCACAAUCUUCUUCGCCGUUAACCUACCGGCGAUUGACAACCCGAUGGAUUUCUCCGACGAGUGGAAAUCUUUAUGGCCAAUUUCUUCAUCAUACUCCCCACCACUUCUCCUAUCAAAUUCACAAGAACAAUCUUCUCCAAAACGGCGUCGUGUUGAUAGUCCAAUUGGACCUUUGUUGUUCAAGCCAUGUGAAGAAACGGUGAAAUUACUCUUUCGUUCGCCUUUGUUGUCAACGCGGCUCCCUCCUCCGGUACCUGACCUUUCUCUACCAAGAUUCCUUCAAACUUCAAGUGAUAUACUUUUUUCUACAGCUUCUUCAAUUGCUACGGAAUUUACUCCACAAGUUUCGGAAUCAGUUCACAAUUUUAAUGCGAUACAGUUGCUUCAUUGUCCUAGUUUUGGUGAAAAUAGUAAACCCAAUUCGAUUCUUGGAAUUUCUCCAACUGGAGAGAAUUACGAUCAAGUUGGGUUUUUUAUGCUUUGUUAUGAAGAUGGUCAAUUUGGGGUUAAGAAAUUUAAGAAUGGGGCGUCCUUUUUAGUGCAUAAUCAGAAGCUAAAUUUUAGGAUUCUGAGGUUAUUAGUGAACCCAGUUAGUGAAGUUGAUGUUGAUAGUUGUUCAUCUGGUUAUGUUAGUUUUGGGUAUUUAUUGGUUUGUAGUUUGUAUACUGUGCAUUGGUAUUGUGUGAAUAUACAGGUUAAAGGAGAUGAAAGUGUUAGGUUGGAUUAUUUGGGUAGUGCUGAUAGGAGCUUGUUUAAGGGUGUGGCUGUUUCUCAUGCUUGUUGGAGUCAACAUUUGAGAGAAGAGUGUGUGGUGAUGUUGGAAAAUGGGGAUUUGUUUUUGUUUGAUAUGGGUUCUUGUGGAAAGAGUCGGGGUUUCGUUGCUUCUGAUGUAUUGCAAGGAAAGAAAUUACGGGUUUUGUGGGAUAAGUUGGAUCGAGAUGAGCAGUGGGUAAGUUGUGAAUUUAGCUGGCAUCCGAGGAUUUUGAUUAUUGCAAAUUCAAGGAGUGUGUUUUUGGUGGAUUUGAGGUUAGACAAGUGCAAAAUCUGCACCUUGCUAAAGAUUGAGGCGGUUUCGUUGGGUGGAACUGAUAGAUUUCGUGCACUCUCUAGGGUGGAGUCUGACCCCUUCUGUUUUACGGCUGUUUCUGAACGUUUACUUCUUCUCUGUGAUGUGCGGAAGCCAUUGAUGCCAUUGUUGCGGUGGAUGCAUGGUUUGAAUAAUCCAGCUUACGUGACUGUUUGGAGAUUGUCUGACCUGAGGCAACAGACUAGAGAUGACCAAUGGGCAUGGGCUACUGAAUCUGGGCGUUGCAUUUUGGUAGGAUCAUUCUGGGACUGUGAAUUUGCUCUAUUCUGCUAUGGGCCAGGUAGCAAUCACUACCAUAAAUUUCCAGAAAUUUCGAGGCUCAGUAAAUCAUGCUAUGCUUGGGGACAACCGUCAGGCCUCUCAUUGUCUGGUCGUGAUUGCUGUUGUGAAAGUUGUCUUAUGAGAGCAGAUUUCCCUAAAGACAUUCUUCCUGAUUGGAUUGAUUGGAGGCAAAAGAAAGUCAUUGUUUUGGGGUUUGGUAUUAUCAACAAUGGCCUUUCUAUCCAAUCAGGUGAUACUGAUAGCUCUGCUGGCUUUUCUCUUGUAAGAUUAAUGUCCUGUGGCAGUUUAGAAGCUCAGAGAUAUACUGCAGCAUGGAACUCCGAGGGAAAGUCAGAAUCACCUUAUGGAGGACACGCUCUAUGUUUUGAAAAUAACCUUCUAUAUGAUAUGGGCGUUGGAGAAUUGGAAUUCAAAAAGAAAUAUAGCUACGUGGACCUUGACUUUCUUAAAGAGUAUCUGAAUGAAACACUAACUAAAUCCCUUAGUAGGAAAUACAUAAAGAAUCAAAGGGAUUCUGAGGAAAGCCGGUCAGAGUUCCACCAGCAAAUAUGUGAGAGGCUUAAAGAAUGUGGCGUUGCAAGACUGAAAUCAUCUCUAACUGUUUUUGAUGUUGUCAAAGGUAUCAGUUUGCCAGCAAGCAUUUAUGAAAUUGCGCUAGACAGCAUUAGCGCCAGUUUGUCUACUAAUCUUCUGGGGUUCGCUUUCUCUGCCUUCUUGAAAUUCCCUGAAUUUCCCCUGAAACCAAAGAAACGUUCUCUAGAAUUUUCUGACAUUUUUGGCAAUCUAUAUCCACUGCCUUUCCCCUUGCAUAAAUGUUGUAUUGACAAGACACCGGAAACAGUUCAGUCUUGUAGUUCUUCUGCUCCCGUUCUUCCUCCUCCUUUUCUGGUAGCUCUUAAUAACCUUCAAAUUGCAAAAAGAGAUAUAUUGCCACUUGAUUCUGAACUGAGGCUUCAGAGUGAUAAAGUUAUGAAGGCGGCCCGUGAAAUCGGUCUGUCACACUCUGGUAAUGAGCCCGGUGAUGACUAUUCAGUGUCCCUUGAUGCAGAUACUGAAUGCCCUACUGAUCAGAUGCAAAAAAUGAAGCCUCUUUGUUUACAUGAACCUGUGGCGUUCUCUGACUUUCAUAUCUCGAAAAUGGAUUCUGGAGUAGAAUCUGAUAAAAGAUUUACAAACUUCAUCUUUAAAAAACACGACGAACGUAUCUCAAAUGACAGCAAAGAGAUGACAAGAGUGGAGUUGUUCGAUGAGGGGUGUCCAGUAGAGCUCAAAUUCAAUGAUAGCCUCACCAUGCUGGGGGAAAAGGAGCUGGAAACUUUUAAAUUAUUGAAACUAAAGGAUUUAGGUUUUCAGAAAAAAUUUCAGCUGUAUCAAGAUUAUUUAACUGGACGUGAUAAGUGGAGAUAGGGUCCCUCCUAUUACUCUCUCUUAAUUGCUUUGCUAUUUUAUUUGAAAGGGGAUUGUUCAAGUAAAACACUGUUAGGGUUAUCCAGUGCUCUUCAAGAAAAAACACUUUCAAGGAGGGAACCAUGUGUUUAACAGAUUGAGAUGGAAGAAGCUGAGUUUAGGCAUCUCUUCCUGAUUUGUGGAGUACUGGUUGCGUACGUGGAGAAUUAUAUGCUGGCAAGCCCACUGUGCCUGGAAGGACAGAGACGGCGUAUCAGGGAAGCAUUUAAGGAUCUUCCUCCCAUCUGCUGUCAGGUUGAUGCACACAUUACUUUCUAUUGAUCCUGAACUUAGGGGAACAGCUAUCACUGCUCUUGCGAGUGAGGGCCAUUUGAGGUAGAAACAACACACUCAAGAAUUCAAGGCGGAAUGAGUCCACGAUAGUCACCAUCUCAUAUCAAAUAUAAUGGAACUCUAGGGGGUGUUUGAUGGGAAUACAAAUCAAUAGCAAGGCAAAUUAUCAUCAAGAAGUUCAUCCAUAUAUGGAGCUGCUUUGCAUUCUGAAACAGUCUGAUCAUUAUGUACUGAAUCAGCCACAGAAACUGCUAUGGAGAACCAAAGCAACCCAUUAAAGUGGCUUGUUUUGGAUAGGUUGUUCCUCAGAGAAGCUGGGUUACUCGAGAUAAUCUACAGUGAUGAGGUUUUGUCUUAAGCAGACAGGUGUUAUCUAUGUGAAGAAGGUUUUGAGUCGGUAAACCAUUAUUAUUAGUUGCUUUAGGACUGCAGUAUUUAUUUAUUUUAUUUCCUAUAUUUUUUUUUAAGUUAUUAGGAGGUAGUUAGCAUGGUUAGCACCAUGACUUUAAAGUAGGGCCAUUAUCUGUUUCGGUUUUUUAAAGAACACUUUAUGUAACUUCUUUUUUUAAAGAAAGUAUAUCUCUCUCACUCA